AUGAAUUUGUGUUUGCAAAAUCCAGUAAAGUUCGGUGAUUGCAGUUCCUUGUUCUCCGGAUUAAAGACCUCGAAUUUCAAGCUGGGUUCUUCGAAAUUGAGGUUUCAGGGUCGAGAUUUAGAGAAUCGGAAGAAGAAGAAGCCUCUGGUUUCAGUGAGAUCUGUUUCUUCGAGUGUGGUUGGUACCGUAGAAGGGAUUAGUAGUGGAGGAGAUAGUGUUUACGACGCCAUUGUUAUCGGCUCUGGGAUUGGAGGAUUGGUCGCUGCGACUCAGCUAGCUGUUAAAGAAGCUAGGGUUUUAGUUCUUGAGAAGUAUGUGAUUCCUGGUGGGAGCUCUGGUUAUUACGAAAGAGAUGGAUAUACAUUCGAUGUUGGCUCUUCUGUGAUGUUCGGUUUCAGCGACAAGGGGAAUCUAAACUUGAUAACUCAGGCAUUGAAGGCAGUUGGUCGUAAGAUGGAGGUUAUACCUGAUCCUACCACUGUCCAUUUCCAUCUUCCCAAUAAUCUCUCUGUUCAGAUUCAUAGAGAAUAUGAUGAUUUCGUCACUGAACUUACGAGCAAGUUUCCACACGAAAAGGAAGGGAUACUCGGAUUCUAUGGAGACUGCUGGAAGAUAUUCAACUCAUUGAACUCUCUGGAACUAAAGUCACUAGAAGAGCCUCUCUACCUUUUUGGACAGUUCUUUCAGAAGCCGCUCGAAUGCUUGACACUCGCUUAUUACUUGCCUCAAAAUGCUGGGGAUAUAGCUCGGAAGUACAUAAAGGAUCCUCAAUUAUUGUCUUUCAUUGAUGCAGAGUGUUUCAUUGUGAGCACAGUCAAUGCCUUGCAGACGCCAAUGAUCAAUGCAAGUAUGGUUUUAUGUGACAGGCACUAUGGAGGAAUUAACUACCCGGUUGGUGGUGUUGGUGGGAUUGCCAAGUCUUUGGCUGAAGGACUUGUUGAUCAAGGCAGUGAAAUACUCUACAAGGCUAAUGUGAAAAGCAUAAUACUUGAUGAUGGAAAGGCUGUCGGUGUAAGGCUAUCAGAUGGAAGGGAAUUUUUCGCUAAAACGAUAAUUUCAAAUGCUACAAGAUGGGAUACAUUUGGGAAGCUGUUAAAAGGAGAAAAGCUUCCAAAAGAAGAAGAAAAUUUCCAGAAAGUCUAUGUCAAGGCUCCGUCAUUUCUUUCAAUCCACAUGGGUGUUAAAGCAGAGGUUCUCCCUCCAGACACAGAUUGCCAUCAUUUUGUGCUUGAGGACGAUUGGAAGAAUCUAGAGGAGCCUUAUGGCAGUAUCUUCCUCAGCAUUCCAACCAUUCUUGAUCCAUCUUUAGCUCCAAAUGGUCGACAUAUACUGCAUAUAUUUACAACUUCUUCCAUCGAGGAUUGGGAGGGACUCCCUCCAAAAGAGUACGAGGCCAAAAAAGAAGAUGUAGCAGCUGGAAUAAUACAGAGGCUAGAGCAAAAACUGUUUCCAGGGCUCAGUUCAUCUAUUACAUUUAAGGAGGUAGGAACACCAAAAACACACAGGCGAUAUCUUGCUAGGGAUAAGGGAACUUAUGGGCCAAUGCCAAGAGGAACCCCAAAAGGUUUAUUAGGCAUGCCAUUCAAUACGACGGCUAUAGACGGUUUAUACUGCGUUGGGGAUAGUUGUUUUCCUGGUCAGGGAGUUAUAGCUGUGGCUUUCUCAGGAGUGAUGUGUGCUCAUCGGGUAGCUGCUGAUAUUGGGCUUGAGAAGAAAUCUCGGGUACUCGAUUUUGGCCUUCUUGGUUUACUUGGUUGGCUAAGGACACUCGCGUAA